CACAACACUACAGCGCCCAGACUGGGUCGGCCUUGGACGAACGACCUUUCACCGCGACGUUCCCGCCCAAGUGAUAGCUGUUCGUUCCUACUUGAUAUCCACUCAUCUGUAUGUCUGUCACUCUUCAUACCACUCACGGGGAAAUCAAGAUUGAGAUAUUUUGUGAAGCAGUGCCAAAGACCGCUGAGAACUUUCUGGCCCUGUGUGCCUCCAACUAUUAUGAUGGAUGUAUCUUCCACCGAAACAUCAAGGGAUUCAUGAUCCAGACUGGGGACCCCCUUGGAACUGGUAAAGGUGGUCAAAGUAUCUGGGGCGGUGCUUUUGCGGAUGAAUUACGGUCGACUCUCAAGUUCAACGCCCGUGGUGUAGUGGCGAUGGCCAAUUCUGGCCCCGACACGAACAAAUCCCAAUUCUUUAUCACCUAUGCUAAGCAGCCUCAUCUCGAUGGUAAAUACACUAUUUUUGGCAAGGUGAUCGACGGAGCGGACGUUGCUCUGGAUGCCAUGGAACGAGUUCCUGUAAACAACAAGAACAGACCCACAAGCGAAAUGAAAAUCGAACAUAUUACCAUUCACGCAAAUCCGAUUGCCGAUGCGAAAAUCGCUUCUCAAUAAGCAACCGUUUCGAAUUCGACCAAAGUAUCUGUUUCGGCGGUAACCAUUUGUAUCGUAGCCAGGGAAAGCAAUUUACAGUAAUGCGGAUGGAAAGCGUGAGUCAUUGCAAAAUGAUACACCUUGACCCAUCUUCUCCAGGUUUUUUACAUUCGAUGUAUCUCUCAAAGCCUCCUACGACUUAGACGGACUCAGGGAGGUUUUCCUUGUCUCCAAGAAUGACAUGCCCCGACUAUUUCGCG